AGUGUUUUGGCGCAAAAUUUGUUGAAAGUGUGUGCGUGCACUGUUUUUUUCCCUUACAGCUUUAAUUAUUCAAUGUUUUUUUAUUCAAUGUCGUUUAAGUGUAAUGUAGGUUCACAUCAUAUGGGAUUGUUCAUUUGUAGUUUGCGGAGACGCAUGGGCUUUUAGCGCUUUUAGUUCGCAUAGUUUCGAUAUAGUACCCCAUAAAGGGAAAGCAAACCUAAUCGCACCAGCAAAGAACAUGGAUCCACAUGUUCUUAGUGAUGCAUCUCUGAAGAAAACAGUGAAUAGUGGAAAGAAGAUCACGGUAACUGUCGAAGGAAAUGUUGGAUGUGGAAAGACGACAUUCCUGGAAUACUGUCAGCAAUUUAAAGACACAGAAACCCUCAUGGAACCUGUCGGAAGAUGGAGAGAUCUUGAUGGAGAUAACCUUUUGGAACUGAUGUACAAGGAUCCAAGACGAUGGGGGCUCACAUUUCAGACUUACGUGCAGUUGACAAUGUUAAAGUUACAUCUGAUCCCCUCAAGUGCACCAGUCAAGAUGAUGGAACGUUCCAUACACAGUGCUCGUUACGUGUUCAUAGAGAACUUGUAUAACAAAGGGUUCAUGCAGCCGACAGAAUACAGAAUUCUGGAUGAGUGGUACCAACACCUCCUUGAAAGUGCACCAGUCAGCAUAGACCUUAUUGUGUACCUCCGAACGGAUCCCGAGGUGGCCCUGGAACGGAUCAAGCUGCGGAAACGACAAGAAGAGGUUGAAAUGCCUUUGGAUUACCUAAAGACUCUGCAUGAACUGCAUGAUAAUUGGCUUCUUGGGAAGUCAAAAUUUCCACUGCCUGCCAAAGUCCUGGUAAUUGAUGCCAAUCGUAAACUGCCCGAUCUUCAACGCGAGUUUGACAGGCACAUUCCAGAUCUGAUCCUCAAUGCACAAGGGAUGGCCCCACCCACCUUGGUACCGCCCCUGCAGUCAAACUCCUAGGUCAUCUUGCUUUUAUUUUCGUGGUGGUUUACAUAUUUUUACAAUCUACAUAUGAUAGAGGUUCAUAGUCAUCCCUCAUCACAGCUAUUGUAUUACAGUGUAUUGAGCCUUGUUUAGUGUUUCUGAUUAUGUUCAACGUCGAGUGUUAUUUGCAUGUAUGCACAAAGCAACUUGGUGUAAAGCUUCCGAGAGCUUUUUAUGAACAUCAUUUGGUGUACAGCUUAACACUAAGCUGCACUCAAGUGUCACAUCAGAAUGAUUUUUAUUUAACAGGUUCAGUAGUCCUGAUAUCAGUUCAGUUCAAUCUUCCUAGUUCUUGCAAUCACAACCUCUCAUUUUUAUGGGCAGAGUUUGUGAUUGCAAGGCUAUAGAGAGGACAACACAAACGUGAACUGAGGGACCUCCAAGUCAAAUUCAAUGAAAUCUCAUUUCUGCAAUACUAAGAUUAAUAUCAGACUUAUAGCACCUUAUAUGCUACAAUCUAGCUUUUAUCACGCUUACAAAAAUAAGUGCUAUAGCAAUGAAAGUUAAAAGUUAUUGUGCGCGCUGUCUGAAACAUUCAGGUCCAUGCUAACUUCAUGCGAGUGAAUGGAUGAAACUCUGGGCACAACUUUUUCCCAACACUUUCCAUUUAAUACUGAACUGGCCAGAAGGAUUAUAUGAAUGCUCUUUUAUGCACAAACAAACUUUGGUAUUUUGUACAAUAGUUCAGAGCGUGUCGUUCAGUGCUGAGGCGUAUUGUGGUGUUCUGUGUUAUGUUUCACGACUUUUUCAGGUAAACAAAUGAGGAGGGUAUAGGCAUGUUGUACUUUAAAGUGUGUGAGGCUGCA